GAAAAAGAAAAUCCCGUUCUCCUCAGAACUCCAUUGGAGGCUGUCUUGUAGCUUUCAAAGCUCCGAGGGGUUCUCUCUGCUGUGGCUUCGAUGCCAUUCCCAUCCCAGUAGCUGUACUGGGACGAUGCCGACCUCAGCUUCUUCUGCGAUUCCAAAGCCCUCCUCCGAGCUCGUCAGCCGAUUGACUGCCGCCGAUGCCGCCGUGAAGCUGAAGGCAUUGAGAGACAUCAAGAACCAGAUCAUCGGUAACCGCACCAAGAAGCUGUCCUUCGUCAAGCUCGGCGUUGUCCCCCACGUUGCUGCAAUUCUCUCCUCCACUUCUGACCCCAACAUUCUCGUCCAGUCCGCUGCUGUUCUCGGUAGCUUUGCCUGCGGCGUCGACGCCGGUGUCUCCGCCGUUCUCGAUGCCGGAGCCUUCCCUCGACUGCUUCGAUUGCUUGCUGAUCCCGAUCCCAAGGUUGUGGACGCAGGAGCUCGUUCAUUAAGAAUGGUUUAUCAAUCAAAGUUGGCUCCCAAGUAUGAUUUCCUUCAGCAGGAAAACACUAAAUUUCUUCUUUCAUUAUUGAAUAGUCAAAAUGAAAAUGUGACUGGACUUGGGGCAAGCAUCAUUGUUCAUUCCUGUGACACAAUUGCAGAGCAGAAGGCAUUGUAUAAUGGUGGAGUUCUAGAGAAGCUGAUUGAUCUUCUUGAUGGUUCUCUAAGUCAAAGGGAUGCUAGUUUAGAGUCUAUUGCCACAAUAUUUAAAAAUAAUGUCGAAGCCAUAGCAAAGUUCAUGCAACCUGGUAGAGAAGAUUGUUUGAGUUAUAUAAUUGAAUUGAUGAAGGAUAGAAAUCCCAAGACAAGAUUGCUAGCUUGCGUCUGCUUGAUUGUUAUAAGGAAUUCAUCACCUUGUUAUCUGCAAGAUAUAGGAAUCAAAAUGAAAUUGAUACAUAGUUUGCUUGAGCUUCUUGAUAAUCCAGGUCAAGUUGGAGAUGAAGCUUCCUUUGUUUUUUCGACUUUAAUUGCUGAGAAGGAGGAGCUACAGAAACUAGCUUUUGAGGCAAAUGCAAUUGAUACGUUGUACAAUCACUUGCAAAAGGAUCAGUUGAGUCCUAGACGUUUCCAAGGAAUAUUGUUGGCCUUUUCUCAUCUAUGCUCAAAGUUGGAGAGCUGUAGGUCUAGAUUUCUCUCUUUGCAGGUAAUGAACAUAGUGAUUGAUGCCCUACAACAUGAAAGUAGUGACAUACGUAUUGCAGCUUGCACUUGCUUGAGAAGUGUCUCUAGAUCAAUCAAGAAUUUGAGUGCAGGUUACUUUAUGAACGAAACAGUUGUCCUUCCCGUUGUUCGGCUUUUACACAAUCCUUCUAAUGCUGUUCAGGUUGCAGCUCUUGGUGCUAUUAGCAACAUAGUUGUCGAUUUUUCAACAAAGAGAUCAAUAUUUAUAGAAUGUGGAGGUGUUAAAGAGCUGGUUCGAUUAUCAAAGUCUAUGGACUUGGACAUAAGGCUAAAUGCAUUGUGGGCUUUAAGGAAUUUAAUGUUCCUUGCAAACAACAUGUAUAAAUCAGGGAUCUUCAUGGAGUUAACAGCUUCCUUGUUAGCCAGCCUUGUCUGUGAUCCAGAGCCUUCCAUACAAGAGCAUGCUAUGGCCCUUGUGCGCAAUCUUAUUGAUGGAUGUGAGGACUCAAUUGAGUACGCGUUUGCCGAAGAUGGUAUCAUAUUGAAUACUAUUUGCCGGCAAUUGCAAAGCAUUUCAAGGGAUGAAAUUGGGGUCCAGGGAAUGCACGUACUUUGUAAUGUUGCAAGUGGAAAUGAGUUCCAUAAGGAAAGGCUAAUGAAACAACUAUUUCCACAAGGAGAUGACGUGAUCCAGUCAUUUGUGGUGAAGUUUUUGCAGAGUGACAACAGUCAACUUCGAAUAGCUGCUGUCUGGGUAAUAAUAAAUCUUUCUCUGCCUUCAAGUCCACGUGCACCAGAUAGGGUUACAAAGCUACAGAAUGCUGGUAUUGUUUCUCAAAUGAAGAAUAUGGUCAAUGAUCCGUGCCUGGAUGUUAAGCUCCGUGUGAGAACCGUGCUUGGACAACUAAUGGCUUUUGGUGAUGGUAUUGCAUUAUAAAAUUUUCAUCAUCAAAACCCAAGAGAAGUAGAGCGCUGCUAGCAGUUUUGUUUUUCAUCCACCUUUUCUGUAGUAUAUUGUUGAGUUUUUCAUCGGCGGCUUUCGAUCCAUCAGGAAAACAUGAAAGCUCCAGUAUAUUCCACGGGCGGCUCUUGAUCUCUAGGUUACUCAUACAAAUCUUUUUUGGAUGCAUACCAGCCACUUUUGGUGGCAAUUUUGAUCUCUCUCUCUCAAAUUCUUCUUUUCCUUCUUUUUGAAAUCAAAUGGCCGUAUGAUUAGUUUGGCUUGAAAGUGUAAUAUGAGACUCGUAAAUAUUGCCUAUCAAAAGUUCCAUUAUUCAUCAGGUUAUCUCAACUGCUGUUCUGUUUCGAGUGUUUAGUAUCUAGGCAACAAAUUGUCGCUUUCAUACAUUGUUCCAGCGGUUACCAAAACCCAGUACCAUGCUUCAUUACGGGAAAUAUAUCCUGAAGCCUUGUUAAGGAAAAACACCGCAAUCCAAAUGAAUGACUGUUUAGCUAACAUGUACCUUUUCAGGGAUAGCUUAUAUUAUUCAAGCAUCCAAGGAGAGUAAUGCAAUUUUGGCUGAUGUCUCCUUUCCUUCGAACAGAUGCAAACUUCCAAGUAAUUGUUGUUAUAACAUGUCCAGAUACUAUACUUAAUCCCCUCUUGUUUCCAAUUUAAUUUGUAUUGAUUUGGAAUAGUUGAUGAAUAUGAUUUAAAGUUCUAGCAAGGCCAUUUAUAUAAACAAAUUGAGAAAAUCAUAUGAAUCAGUCUUUUGAGCUUAAAUUUGCAACUCUUAUAUUAGAACAGGUGUAUAAAUGGGAAAAGCUUGGAGGGUCUGUUGUGGUGUUGAUCCAUAUUUAUUCCACAUAAAUGUGGCUUUUGGGAGAAGAAGCAUCAUUAUUCUAUGAUCCAGGAGAAAGAGAUGCACUUGAGUCAACUAGAUUGCUUGUAUUCCAACUUUUUGUUUAUCAAUAGUAAAAAUGAAACGUUGUUGAGGCAGCAGAAUUUCAGAUGGUUAAAUUAGAGUAUUGUUGUUGAUUAAUAGAACAUAAUCUCUUAUGAUUCGUCAUAAUUAUGGACAGGCCCCUUCUAUGGUUGAAUCCUCCAAGUGGCUUGUUUGAAGUGCUGGAUAGUUGAUGGAAUAACGCACUGGGCUCUGUUUUACAGUGUACAAA